CUGUACCUGAAGUCCGGAACACAGCGCAACCGGAAGCUUGUGUUUGCACAAAGCUAAGCUAUCGGUGGCUAGCCAGUUUGCUAUCGUAGUUUGGAUUCUGCUUUAAGCAACGAUCGGUUCUACAAUAACUGAAUUUAUUCUCCAGAGGAAUCCUGCUCUGUCAUCAAAAUGGGGAAGAGACAGCACCAGAAAGAUAAAAUGUACAUCACGUGUACUGAGUACACACAUUUCUACGGUGGGAAAAAAACAGAAAUUCCCCAGGCAAAUUUCAGACGCCUCCCCUUUGACCACUGCAGCCUCUCUCUUCAGCCCUUUGAGUACCCCAUGUGUACAGAAGAAGGAGUGGUGUUCGACCUGCUGAGCAUCGUUCCCUGGAUAAAGAAGUUUGGCACCAACCCCAUUUCUGGAGAGAAGUUGGAGGCGAAGAACCUCAUCAAGCUCAACUUCAGCAAGAACAGUGAAGGGAAAUAUCACUGCCCUGUUCUGUACACCGUCUUCACAAACAACUCCCACAUCAUGGCCAACAGGGUCACAGGAAACGUGUUCUCCCAUGAGGCGAUUGAGCAGCUGAACAUCAAAACCAAGACCUACAGAGAUCUACUGACAGAUGAACCGUUCAGCAGAAAGGAUAUCAUCACACUGCAGGACCCGACUAACCUGGACAAGUUCAACGUCUCCAACUUCUUCCACGUGAAGAACAAUCUGAAAGUGGUGGAUCCAGAUGAGGAGAAGGCCAUGCAGGACCCCUCCUACCACCUGAGGACCACGAACCUGGAGACCCAGGAGACGCUGGCCGAGCUGUACCGGGACUACAAGGGGGACGAGCUGCUGGCCUCCACCAUGAAGGGCCCGGAGAAGAAGAAAACAGACAAGCUCAACGCGGCUCAUUACUCCACAGGCAGAGUUUCGGCAUCCUUCACGUCCACAGCCAUGGCCCCCGAAACCACCCACGAAGCAGACGCCAUUGCAGACGACACUGUGCGGUACGGGUACGUGAAGAAGAAGGGUUAUGUGCGCCUGCACACCAACAAAGGGGACCUGAACCUGGAGCUCUACUGCGACAAGGUCCCCAAGGCUGGCGAGAAUUUUAUUCGGCUCUGCAAGAAGGGGUACUACGAUGACACCAUCUUUCAUAGAUCCAUCCGGAACUUCAUGAUUCAAGGAGGGGACCCUACAGGAACCGGCACAGGGGGCGAGUCCUUUUGGGGGAAGCCCUUUAAGGAUGAGUUUAGGCCCAAUCUGUCCCACACGGGCCGGGGGGUCCUGAGCAUGGCCAACUCCGGGCCCAACACCAACAAGUCUCAGUUCUUCAUCACUUUUCGCUCUUGUCCCUACCUGGACAGGAAGCACACUGUGUUCGGCAGAGUGGUGGGGGGUUUUGAGACGCUCACUGCCAUGGAGAACGUUGAAAGUGAUCCAAAAACAGACCUGCCCAAGGUGAACCAGACCCACUGGACGCUUUGCGUGCGUGUGUGCGUGUGUGUGUGUGCCUGUGUGUGCGUGUGUGUGUGUGUGCAGAUCGCUGCGGAGCGGGCGAAGGAGCUGCAGAAGCAGAAAGAGGAAGAGGAGGCUCAGAGCUCUCAGAGGAAGGUCAAAGAUGAUCAGCCCCCCAAGACCUUCCGGCCCGGUGUGGGCAAGUACAUCAACAGGGCAACAACGAAACGCUCAGCCGUGCAGGAGGAGGCUGGGCCUUCCACCAGCGCCGCCGCCGCCAAGAAGCCCAAGAGCAAGAGUGGCGGCUUUGGCGAUUUCAGCUCCUGGUAAAGCCACGCCCCUCGCCUCAGCCCCGCCCCCCUCACCCUCACCCCGCCUGUACCUGGACUGCUGUGGGCCCUAGUGCAGGCCCAACACUGCGGGGGUGUGAGGCGGAGAGCCGCAGGGGCUGCUGGGUAAUUUCACCAGUCCCAAGAAACCAGGUGAGGUGAAUUACCUGCAUUACCCGAGUAAUCUUUUAACCAAUAAAAAGCAGCAGACCCUGCAGCUUUCAGGACUAAGGUGGGCGGGCCCUGUUAUGAGGUGUCAUAAAGGUUUUAUUACUGAGCACAGUGUUGCCACGGUGAUGUGAUGUCAUACUCAUGAUUAGAGGACUGAAGUCACUCGGGCUGAACCGGGACAUGUACAGGUCUUCUAGGUCUUCACUGUAACAGUAACACUUUUCACCUCCUUAUUACAAACGUACAUUUUCUACUGCAUGACUGAUACAGACAUGUCACCCCAAACUGCGGCUGGAACCCGCGCUUUCUCUGAAACUGUAAAUAAUAAUUCUGGCCAUUUCUUUGUGUGAAGCGUGAUGGUAAAAGUGGGAAGUCUCGCAGUGAGUCCUGCAGCUCUCUUCCGGAACCUUCCUGUAUUUGCCGGUGGAUGGGGGGCUGUGGGCAGGGUGGGGAAAUUAGAGCUGGUGGUAGCAGUAGAUCUCCACACUGCUGUAGGGAGGUGCGGGGGGGUGCUGUAGGGAGGUGGGGGGGGGGGGGCUGUAGGGAGGUGGAGUGCUCUGUAAAAUCCGCUGUUUUGUCCCCUGUGGUGUUUUUUUAUGCCCCUGUGUUUCCCCCUCAGCUGGAGGGUGUAAUAAAAUGAGUUUUUCUUUAACAGGUU